GAGAUAGAAGAAGAGAAAUAUCGGGACAAUAAACAUAAUCUCUCUCACAAGAACAAAAAAUUCCUCAAAAUAGUUCGUUUAGGUUUGGGAUUUCUGUUUUCUAUAUCUUCGUUCAUUAGAAUCAAAUCUGAAAGGUUUCCUUAAUCUGUACAGAGUUUAAGAUUCGUUGCGUGUAUGCUGUAUAUAGUCGUUGUGUUUAAGUAUCAGAAUCUAGGGUUCUUUGAAUUGUUGUUACAGGUUUAGAUUUUGAGAAAUAGGAAAUUUGCAGCUUUUAGUUCUCGGAUUCUAUGAUUUUCUGAAAGUUCGAGCUUCAAUUGGGGGGAGAAAUCAGAAAUGUCAGUUCCAACGAUAACACUGUAUGCUAGUCCGCCGGGCACUGUGUGUUCCACGCCGUAUCCGUGUCAGAUCAACUCGCACACUUCGCACGAGUUCGACCUGAACGCGAGAUCAUCUUCUUCGACGUCCUCGACGAGCUUUUCGCAGAAAGCUGUGGUGGGAGGGCUGUCGUGUUUGUUUUCGUCGCCGUCGGUGAAGCACUCGUCGUCCGCUGGUUAUUUGAGCGGGACGGAGGAUUUGGGGCCGCGUUGGCCGAAUAGAGGUGAGGAAUUAAGCAGCUCUUUCCGUUGUUCCACUUUGAGCUCCUCGGCGAAGCGCGAUCAGAGCCCGGUUUCCGUUCUUCAAGGCCCGGGAAGUUGCGGUCGUAGUGCGGGGAUCGUAGCAUCUUCCAGGAGUCCGCCGAAGAGAAUUGGGGAUAUUUGUUCGAUUCGUUCCGGAAAAGGUGGAUUGUUCAAUGGGUUUGUAAUGCACGCGUUGGGUUCGUAUGUGGACUACACUCCCGUGAGCUUAAACAUGCCGGGUUUAGAUUCUACUAAGUCUGACUUGCUGGAUGAACUCACGUUUCCGAUGGAAGACAGCGUCUUGGAGUCCACCUCAAAAUUGGAACCACUUUCUAAAGAUUUGCUGUUGGGCGCUCAAGCUAGGCACAAAAUAUUUCAUGAUGAUCUUGUUGUCAAGGCUUUCUAUGAAGCCGAGAAAGCUCAUAAAGGACAGAUACGAGCAAGUGGCCAUCCGUAUUUGCAGCACUGCGUUGAGACUGCUGUUUUGCUGGCAACCAUUGGAGCAAAUUCUAAAGUUGUUUCUGCUGGGCUUCUGCAUGACACUCUUGAUGAUACAUUCAUGACAUAUGACUACAUCUUCCAGACAUUUGGAGCUGAUGUUGCUGAUUUGGUUGAAGGGGUGUCAAAGCUUAGUCAAUUAAGCAAGCUUGCUCGGGAUAAUAAUACUGCCAAUAAAAGUGUUGAGGCAGAUCGUUUACAUACCAUGUUCCUUGCAAUGGCUGAUGCCAGGGCUGUUCUCAUAAAACUAGCUGAUAGGCUGCAUAAUAUGGUGACAUUGGAUGCACUGCCUCCGAUCAAACAGCAGCGAUUUGCAAAAGAAACUUUGGAGAUAUUUGCUCCACUGGCCAACCGAUUAGGUAUCUUUACCUGGAAGGAGCAGCUUGAGAAUCUCUGUUUUAAACAUCUUCAUCCAGAUCAGCACAGGGAGCUGUCCUCAAAACUUGUGAAUUCCUUUGAUGAGGCUAUGAUUACUUCUUCUGUGGAGAAAUUAGAACAGGCACUGAAGGAUGGGGCUAUUUCUUAUCAUGUUCUAUCUGGGCGACACAAAAGCCUAUAUAGCAUAUACAGCAAAAUGUUGAAAAAGAAGCUCAAUAUGGAUGAAAUCCAUGAUAUUCAUGGGCUGCGGUUGAUUGUUGAAGAGAAAGAAGACUGCUAUAAAGCACUGAGAGUUAUCCACCAGUUAUGGCAUGAAGUGCCUGGAAGGUUUAAGGACUACAUAAUGCAUCCCAAAUUUAAUGGGUAUCAAUCUCUACACACAGUAGUUAUAGGUGGCAGCAUGGUGCCUCUUGAAGUUCAGAUUCGAACAAAGGAGAUGCACCUGCAAGCAGAGUAUGGCUUUGCUGCUCAUUGGAGAUACAAGGAAGGUGAUUGUAAGCACUCUUCCUUUGUACUUCAGAUGGUUGAGUGGGCACGGUGGGUUGUUACCUGGCAGUGUGAAACAAUGAACAAAGACAAGUCCAUUGGCUAUGCUGAAUCUCUGAAGCCACCGUGCAAAUUUCUGUCUCAUUCCAAUUGCCCAUACUGUAAACCUGAUGGUGGGUCUGAUGGUCCUGUUUAUGUGAUCAUGAUCGAGAAUGAUAAGAUGUCAGUCCAAGAGUUUGCUGCAAACUCAACAGUUAUGGAUUUGUUGGAGAAGGCUGGUCAGGGGAGUUCUCGAUUGACUCCUUAUGGAAUCCCAGUAAAGGAAGAGUUAAGGCCACAGUUGAAUCAGAAGCCAAUUACUGAUCCCACAUGCAAGCUCAAAAUGGGAGAUGUCAUACAACUGACUCCCGCAAUACCAGACAAAUCGCUAACAGAUUACAGGGUGGAGAUCCAGCGCAUGUUUGAUCGAGACCUAAGCGUUUCUAGCUUGGCUCCCGCUUGCUCGACGUCUAUGGUAGGCUAAAGAAGUUGAGCAUGGAUAUGCUUGGAGCUUUGACAAUUUCUUUGUUGACAGGAAAAAGUGAUUCCUGUGUAUAAUUUGUACAGAACAGCAUGUCUGUUGUGAAGAAAAACUGGCUAACAGCCUAACAGGGUGGGUUUAAAAAGUAAUCCAUGUUGUGCAUCAUAUGAGCAUAGUUUGGCAUUUCUUCAAAUGCUGCUGCAUGUUAGUCAUGCUUUUACCUUUCUAGAUGGAUGUAGUCAUCCUACCCUAUGACUUGGAAGUGUAUCUAUCAUCUAGAAAGAGAGAAAUUAUAGAUUAAUGUGUAUUUGUAUAACUCAAAGGGCUUAUUCCAUUUCGAUUUCCGACC